UACCAUAUGGCUGAAGGAUGUAAAGGGUAUGGCUGACAGAAUCAUCUCAAUGCGUACAAAACUAAAAGAAAAUCUUGCCAAAGAGGGCUCAGUGAAGAACUGGUCACACAUUACAGAUCAGAUUGGCAUGUUUUGCUUCACUGGAAUGACACCUGAUCAGGUAGAAAAGCUGACAAAGGAGUACUCUGUGUAUUUGACCAAAGAUGGACGUAUAUCGGUGGCAGGGAUUGCAUCUAGUAAUGUGGAAUACCUAGCUUAUGCAAUGCAUCAAGUUACCAAGUAACACGUUGAGCUUCAGAAUGUCUCCUUUUACAAUAUUUAAUAAAUUAUGUAAUACAUGAUGAAAACUAGUCAUGGAAACAACUGAAAAUUAUUAACUUCUGUAAAACAGUAACUAAUAAAUGCAUUUCUCAAUAUUAAAUAGCAAAGUUAAAAAAAAAAAGAUAGCCAGCAAGAAUUUGUACAUAUGUUUCAGGAGUUGGUUCAGCUUCAGGCAUUUAUCUUCAAAUAUGUGCAAGACAGGUAUACAAUACCGACAAGAUGAAAGUUAACUUUCAUCUUCAAAUAUAUAUUAUGCAGUUUGAGUUUUCCUCUGCCACAGUAUUUUUCUGAUUCGUGUAACUCACUUUUUAAGUUGAUUUAAAGGGAUUUGUAAAUUUACAUAUCUAGUGAUUGACAUACCUCUAAAUAUUAUGAAAAAUAAAAACACUUAACAAUUUACACAUGUACUUUGAAGAGUAAACAUGACAUUUUGUCCUGUCCUGGACUAUUUUCAAUUUGCAGCUGAUUUUGUAAUGGUCUAGAAUGGACCAAAACAAUUUUCUCUAAAAUUUAGGUUAGUGUUAUAUGUGAAAAAUUAUUAUAGAAAAAGUUUUCUUAUACUUGCCAUUUGUCAAAUUAACUUUUCUACUUAAAUGCCAAUUGAAAAUAAAUUUUUAAGUGCACUACUUCCACUGGUUUACAUAUGCACAUACUGAGGCAGAAUAAUAUAUAAACAGUUGACAGGAAAACCAGAAUUAAUCAGUGUACAAUGUAAGCUGCCAUGAAAAGUUUUGUUUGUUCAUAUUGUAUAUAAGUACAGUGGACCCCCGCUAACGAUCACCUCCCAAUGCGACCAGUUAUGUAAGUGUAUUUAUGUAAGUGCGUUUGUACGUGUAUGUUUGGGGGUCUGAAAUGGGCUAAUCUUCACAAUAUUCCUUAUGGGAACAAAUUCGGUCAGUACUGGCACCUGAACAUACUUCUGGAAUGAAAAAAUAUCGUUAACCGGGGGUCCACUGUAUUAUUAUUAUGGUUUAAGCUUAAAGCACUAAGACCUUCAGUUGUAUAAUUGUGAAUAAACUUAAAUUCAUAAUAUUUUUUUUAAAUCUCAGAUUUAUUAUAUAAAAUUUAUUGUACUUGAUUGCAGUGUAUAAAUAAACCUCAGUUUUAGACAUUAUGACUAAGUAUUAUUGUUGGUGACUGUAUAUAGUUGAAUAAAGUGAAAAUAAAGUCUA